AUGUUUAAAUUUAAAAUUGGUAGAAAACAGCCCGAAGAUAAUGAAGCAAGACGUCGAUUACAAAAAGAACUAUUUGGACUUAGUAAAGUUUGUGAUCGUGGAUUUCCUUCUCGUCCAUCAGCCAUUGCUUAUGAUAAUCAAUUACGAUUAAUUGUCAUAGGAACACAAACUGGAGAAAUUCGAAUUUAUGGUCAACCGGGAUUUCAAUUAUCCUUUAGUUUAGAUGUAAAUAAUUCUUGUUCAUGUAAUAUUCAUCAUUUAUUAUUUUUAAAUGGUAGUGGACGUCUUAUUGUAUUAACAACCGAAGGUUAUAUUCAUUUAUUAGAAAUAAAUAAUUAUCAUUCGCAUGAAACAACGAAUCACGAUUCAGUAACAGGAAAUAUCACAACAGUACGUUUAGAUCGUAUAUGUACAUCUAAUGAAGAUGAUUCAAUAUGUUUAAAACAAACACAGUCCAUAUGUUUAUUAAAAAAUCAUUUAAGUCUGUUAAUUGGACUUGAAAAUGGUGAUAUUGUAUUGUUUAAUAUUGAAAAUUUUUCACUUACUACUAAACCAAUUAUACCAAAUGAAAUAUUAAUGAAAAAUAUACCAGAAAAUUGUCAUGGACGUGUUAGUAAUACGGGAUCAGUUCAAUCAAUUGUUCAACAUCCAACAAAUGACGAAAAAAUAUUAAUUGGUUAUAAAAAUUGUUUGAUUGUUCAAUGGGAUUUACCGUCAAAUAGUCAUGAUAGAAUGUACGUCUACAAACAGGAAAUUGAAUCAUUAUGUUGGUACAAUAAUGGAUUAAAUUUUGCAUCUUGUCAUACAGAUGGAAGUUAUGCAUUAUGGAAUGCUAAUGAAGAUAUAAAUGCCUUAGAAAAUGAAAAAAAACAAUAUGGUCCUUAUCCAUGUAUGACUAUGAAAAAGAUUCUUGUUAAAAUAAUGCGAAACGGUGAUCCAUUGAUUAUCUUUUCUGGUGGUUUACAACGUUCGAGUUAUUCAACAAAACAUAGUGUCAGUUGUGUAUGUGAAAAUGAACAUGAACAUGAUCAUAGUGAUCGUCAACGACAUGUUGCAUUUGAUUUUACAACGUCUGUUAUUGAUUUUUUUACAAUUGAUAAACCAUCAUCAGAUGGAUCACGUGACGAUCCUCAAUCACUCAUUAUUUUAUUAAAAGAAGAAAUUGUAUUUGUUGAUUUAGUUACUGAUAGUUGGCCAUCUUAUCGUUUGCCGUAUUUAAAUAGUAUUCAUGCUUGUCCUGUUAUAUGUACAACUCUAUUAUAUAAUGUUAAUCAACAAUUUUAUAAAAAAUUAACAAAUUAUGGUAAUAUUCAAUUUGAUGAUUAUUCAGAUAGAAAAUGGCCAUUAACUGGUGGUGAAAUAAAUUAUUGUCCAUCUAGUUCUAAUCUUAAUAACACAUUAACAAAUAGUUUAGAUGAUGGUUGUAGUAAAAGACAAAUAUUAUUGACAGGUCAUGAAGAUGGAUCAAUACAGUUUUGGGAUGUAACUGAUAUUUCAAUGCCAUUAUUAUAUAAACUAAAAACAAAUGAAUACUUUCAAAUUGAUCAACCAUCGAAUGAUGAUGGAGAAGAAGAGAAUUGGCCACCAUUUCGAAAAACGGGAUUUUUUGAUCCAUUUUCUGAUGAUCCACGUCUAGCUAUUCAAAAAAUAUCAUUAUGUACAAAUACGGACACCUUAAUAGUAGCUGGUCAAGCCGGACAGAUAUUUACAUUCCAUUUUUCAAACGAAUCUGUUGAUACAAAUAUAAGCGUACAUGAAGGAUGUGAAAGUUAUGUAUGGAAAGGACACGAAGAAAUGAAGAUAAAACAAUGUCAUGUAUCAGCUGGUUUUGUUGCAUCAUCAAUUGUUCAGUUGUUUCCACCAGCAUCUGUAUCAGCAUUAGCAUUAUGUUCAGAUAUUCAGACUUAUGCAGUGGGUACUGCACAUGGUUUUACACUAUUUAAUUAUAAACAAAAUCGAAUGUUAACGGUGAAAUGUACCCUAGAUCCAGCAUCGUUAUCUUCUACAUCUGCCGUCCAAGCAUCUGGUGAAACAUCGUUGAAUCGAGGCCGUUCAUUAAAAAAAUCCUUACGCGAAUCAUUUCGUCGUUUACGAAAAGGUCGAACGUUAAAAAAAACCAUGAUAGCUGUUAAUAAACGAAGUGAAACAAUAGCAGCAUCAGGACCACUAGAAGAGAGAGUGCCUGUUGAACGUCAAGUUGAAUUUCGUGAAUUUAAACCGGUUGAUGAUCAAAUUAUCAGCAUGGUUCGAUGUCUUUAUUUUGCACAAACAUAUAUAACAAGUGGUGAGUUGUUUAAAAACUUGAUUUCGUCUAAUCGUCG